CUAUAUUGCUCUGGGACAGCUGACCUCAGCCUUUUGGGCUCAGGAGGUGGUGCCGGUUUCCCAACUUGUCUUCCGCCUAACUCUGGUGGUCUCUAUUCGUCUUUUAUCUCUUCAGGUAGCCAGUGUACACAGGCCUCAGGAGGACUUGGCCUAACUCUUCCACUGAUUACGACUGCUUCCGACAGGCGCCACGCUCUUCCAGGUCUGGCCAGCUCAGCACUCGGUUCGCCAUUCUCUUCAAACCAGACUGAUGAUCAUAUUGUUUCUGCUACGACAAAGAUGAAAACUGCUAAUAUUACUUCGAAUUUAACACUACUGGCGUCGACUGCCGAUGAUACCUCUCCUGGCCCGACGGAUGAUUUGGGUCAGACUGGCAUUUUCGAUCAGGCUCUUUCAAAAGUCUUGUCCAAUCGGUCCGAAAAAGAGACACGGACUUGGACAUCGAAAAGGAGACCGCUUUCUGAGGAAACGAUUGGGUUGAAACAGACUAGGAAAGCCUCUACGGAAAGUGGCAGGCCGAGGGGACUGGAAGAAGGAGCAACAUUAAAGGAAGAUCGAGGGGAUGCUGUGGAAGAAGAUAAUGAGGGUAUCAGGUUAUCAGGAGCCGCAGCUUCGUCGUAUUAUAAUAGCCAAACCCUUCUUGACUCUAUUCACAAACAUAAUAUAACACAGCACUUGCUCCAAUUUCAGCAACAACAAAAGUACAAUACUCAGCAUCAACAGCAGCAUCGCCAGCCGCAACAGCAAAACCAGCAGCCAUUUCAAUAUCAUCAACAGCAGCUUCUCUCUGCCCCCAAUUUUAUCCAUCCCCUUGAUGCUCAACUUCCGCUACUGUCAAGGUCAUUGGUCCCUCUGUCUCCAACGGCUAACCUCUUGGCAACCAUGUCCGGACAGCCACUCUACACAUGUACGUUUUCACUAUUUCUAUCGCGUGCAUGCAAACAACAUAAAACUUCUAUACACGAGCUUAUACAAGAUAACUAA